AUGCGCUUCUCAACUGUUGCAGGUCUGGCAUCCGCCACUCUCGUUGCUGCUCAAGCCCCCAGCAUUACCCAGUACACAUCUCACGACAUCCACAAUGGCCAAGCUUUUCAAAACGUUUCCGACAUUGCCGACGAGGCCAUGAGAUCCAACAUCGCCUCCCGAGGCAACGUCCAAUGCACAUACGAGAAUGCCGACGUACGGAGAGAAUGGCGAACUCUGUCCCAGCAUACCCGCAAGAGCUUCACAGACGCCGUCCUCUGUCUCCAACAAAAGGCCCCAGAAAAGAUGACUGCCGCCGAAGCGCCCUACUACCCCGGAGUCAAGACUCGCUGGGACGAGUACGUCGCAACCCACAUCAAUUACACCCUGAACAUUCACGACACUGCCGACUUUCUCGCAUGGCACCGCGCUUUUACGCAUUACCUGGAACAGGAUCUCAAGAAUCUCUGCGGCUACACCGGCGUCAUGCCGUACUGGAAUUGGGCUCUGGACUAUGCAUCGCCGCAAGACAGCCCCCUCUUCAACGGCGACGAGUACAGCAUGAGCGGAAACGGCGAAUCCAUCUCCGGCCGCUCCGACACCUGGCUCGCCCAGCAAGAGGUCGACUUCCCUCCCGGCACAGGAGGCGGCUGCGUGACCUCCGGCCCCUUCAAAGACUACACCGUCAACCUCGGCCCCCUCGACCUGCCCAACGCCAACAACGUCAAUUCCACCUUCGAAUACAACCCCCGCUGUCUCGAACGCGACCUCAACCCUUGGGUCUCCACCAACUACAACACCUACCGCAACCUCACCGACCUCCUGCUCGAAAACACCCACAUUGAAGAUUUCCAGGCCAUCAUGCAAGGCUACAACAGCGAUACCAACCGCUUCGGCGUCCACGGCGGCGGACACUGGCAGGUCGGAGGCAGCAUGAUGGACUUCCAUUCCUCCCCGGCGGACCCCGUGUUCUUCUUACACCAUGCCAUGAUCGAUCGGGUCUGGACGAUCUGGCAGAAUCUCGACAUCUACCGACGACAGAAUACCCUCAUGGGCACCGCGACGCUGGGAUGUGAUGUUCCCGAUUGUCCCGCCAUGACGCUUGAAGACAGUUUGCCUUUUGGUUUCGUCACUGAUGAUCCGGUAAGACAAUCGAUCCACACACACUCUCUCCCUCUCUCUCUCCCCUAACCAUUACUUAAAAAUAAUCUAGCGGAAUACUAAUGCCGUGACGAACAGGUCUUUGGAGAUCUAAUGGAUACUUUCAGCGGGCCUUUCUGCUACCGCUACGAUUCCGCCACCUCAUAG